AGUGGCGAAUACGACCGCGCCUGGCUUUGUCAAGGGUGUAGAAUUAUCGCAGAUACACCUUGGAGCCGAGCAACAACAGUGCAAGGGCAAAGCGCAUGCGCACCGCACUCAUCAUCAUGGCGGCAGCGCUGCGCGGCGCCGCCGCCCUGGCCAAGCUGCCGCUCGAACGCUUCAGCGUCGCGCCCAUGAUGGACUAUACCGACCGCCACUUCCGGCACCUCUUCCGGUUACUCUCCAGAGAGAGCGUGCUCUACACGGAAAUGGUGACUGCCAACACUCUAGUGGACGACACUGGUGCGCCGCGCCACGGGAGCGGCGACCGCUGGCUCGCGCACGACGAUCACGAAGAUAAGACGAUCCUACAGCUCGGCGGCUCGUCGCCAAAGGUGCUCGGCGCGGCCACUGAAUUAGCAAUGGCGCAUCAUUCGUAUGCGGGCGUUAAUUUGAACUGCGGCUGUCCCAGUGAGAGGGUGGCGGGUGCCGGGUGUUUUGGGGCCGCGCUCAUGCGCGAUCCCGAUCAAGUAGCGAGCUGUGUGAAAGCGAUGCAUCGACAUGCGCCUGUGUCCGUGAAGUGCCGCAUUGGUGUUGUUGAUAGUGUGAGGGAUCUGAGCGACGACGAAGACGAGCUAUAUACUUCGCUCGCCCGAUUUGUGGAGACCGUAUCAAGGGAGGGCGUUUCUCGAUUUAUUGUGCACGCGCGCGUCGCGGUCCUAUCAGGAUUGUCUCCCGACGCGAACCGCAAGGUGCCCCAAAUAAUGCCUGGUAUUGUGCAGAGGUUACAAAGCGAGUUUCCUGCGUUGGAGAUCGUCACGAACGGUGAGGUUAACUCAGUAGACGACGUCCUGGCGAGGUCUACUGGUUUGCAGGGAGCCAUGGUCGGCCGCGACGCGUGCCGCCGGCCCUGGCACUACGCCGUGGUCGACGAGGAGGUCUUCGGGGCGGCGAAUCCUGUUAAAUCGCGGCGAGCGCUCCUCGACGCUUAUGCUCACUACUGCGACCGCGCGGAGGUGGAGCUCGCCCACGACGGCUACUCGCCGCGCCGCGCGGUCCUCAAGCCCGCUUUGACCUUAUUCCACGGCGACGCGGGUGCCGGCGCGUUCAAGCGGACGAUCGACGCGUUGCACAAGGACGCGUCGCUGAGCGCGGGCGGCGUGCUGCGGGCGGCGGCGGAACACGUGCCCGGCGCGGUGCUGGACGCGGCGCCGGGCGAGCGCGCCGUCGUGCGCCGGGAGGCGGCGGCGGCGUAA